AUGGUGCGCAGCUUCGUAUUGCGCAAACGGGAAAAGCAGUUCCAUGCCCAACAACUAGAAAAGUGGAGCGAACCAAAACUCCGCGAGCUACUCAAGAAACUUACCGACGCGAAACCGGAAAAGUUGCAACACUCUAUCGGCACAAUCUCGACUCUGCGAGGCACGUAUAGGCGAUGGUGCUGCAUGGACAUUAGUCACGACAAGGACGUGGAUUAUGCGCCGCUGACUCAAGAUUACAUCAAGUGGCUAAGGGACCUGCUGCAGUGGGGUGAGGAGAUUCUCAGGGAUAGCAACAAAUCCCCCUUGACUAUUCCACACACUUUCCUAGUUCUUAGAAACGUCAUGUCACGUCCUCGUGGGAGCAAUAGCAACUAG